AUGAAACUCAAGCUCCAAGUGGUGCUCAUCCCUGUCAGCUCGGCUGACCUACCCACGGCUGAUGUCGGAUCCUACAAAAAAUUUCUUCAUCUCACCGAUCCCCAAUGCUCGCUCCAGCAGGUGUGCGAUGCACUCGUCAAGCGAUACUAUAAGCUUUAUCCAGACGCCGAACCCCUCCAGAUCGAGGGUGUCCAAGAUAAUGAUCGGUGUGAUUUGGACCCGGACUUUGCUGCCGAGGAUAUCUUUGUGUCUGGUGAUCUUUUGCGUGUGCUCGUGAAUAACGUGCUACCGUCAUAUUCCAGGGAAACAUCCACUAUCCUUCCAGACACAACAGUGGACCAUUCACUGAUACGAAAAAGAGUAGGAGAUGGGACGCUUGAACAUGAGGAUAGCCGCUUUAGUAAACGGUCGCGGACCAUUUGGGGUGCUCAGCGUGAAAGCAGUGAGAGCCCUCCAAACAAGAGCACAGUGAUUUCCAAAAGAUCAAUUGCGGUGGAAAUUCCUUCGAGUACGCCUAAUGCUGCUCCAAAUGCUUCCAAUCCCGCUGCAAGCUCCACAAUUCCCACAGACCAUGCCGCAAUAGCAACUGAAGUGCCCAAUCCCACAUCUCCAGUCUCUCUACCUCCACCUUUGGAGCAAACGGGCUAUCCGGUGAUUCCCCACAAAAAACUGUCGCCCAACGUGCCCAAUAAAGGCAAACGUAUCACUUCUGGAAUGCUUCAGGCGCCACCCGUGAGCCACACGAACAAAAAGUCGCUGUUUAGCGAAGAUGAGUCUGACGUUAGCAGGAUGACCACAGACUUUGGCGAAAGAGCAAGACACGCUCAAUCGUCCGAGCCAGAGGAGAUAGAAAAUGGCACAGAUAGCGACGAUCUGGUGUCCAACCGGCUGCUCAAAAAUAUCCGCAAGAAGAAUAAUACCUCAAAUGCGGCCAUCACCAUGGCUCCUCCUCCUGUUAACGUUGGUUUGACACCAUCCAAAACUCCUGCUAAAUCUGCAAGUUCCCUCUCGAAAACGCCUUCCAGGCCUCUUCCUCCAAGCUCACCCGCAAAGGAUCCUUUUGUGACACUGACACCUCAAUUCCCUCAUUCUUCUCGGAACGAAUCUCUUCACGCUCCUGCUCACCCGCUCACUUCUUUGAAGCCUUUGCAUUCUUCAAAAGUGUUACCGGCCAACGCGCAACCUACGAAUGGCGAUCUUCAAGGUAAGCACCACCCUCAUUUGGAACCACCUGUGGAGUCCGUCUAUCAGCCACCCCCACUGUCAGUUUACUCUCAAAAGGCUACACCUAUAGUUACCCCUGGGAAGAUCCCUUUGGCAUCUCUGCCGGCUAAUAAGACUUCUCAUGUCACUCCUAAUGCUGUCCAAUCAAAGACUGUGACCAGUUUCACUACACCUGCGAAGGUUUUUCCACACGUGGAUCCACAAAUCUCGCUGGCAAUCCCAGCUUCAGUCGUCGCCCCUGCUUUGACGCAAACUCAUCAAAACCCUCCCUCUGUGCUGAUUUCCACACUGCCUGUUGCUUCGGCAUCCCCUAUGAUUGCAAAAGGUGCUGUGAACGCAUCCGUUUCGAAGGUCACUGGUGCUCCAGGUAAAGAAAACGAUACUGCAAAUUUGAGUAAGGAGGAGAUUUUGGGAAUGUUUAAGCAUGGCUUGAGAAUUACGAAUAAAAUUAACAAAAAGCUCGCGGUUGGUUCCCCAGAUCCAACACCCUUCUUGGAAGUAGAGGCAGAGUUGAAGCGGAAUAAUCACAAUUUAGCACAACAUGCUCUUGAGAUCGAUAAUAGGAGAAGAGCCGCAGCUGCAGCGUCUGCUAAUAGCAGUAAUCAUGAACGAAGCUUACGCUCACGGGUGACGAUCGGAGGGGUGCCUAAUUUCGAAACAAAUCUUGAAAAGGUAGACGACGAAAAGGAAAGGGAGAAAGACCAGAGAGCUAGCGAAUUGCCACCACCCUUUCAUGAUUUUGCUAGUAAAUCGAAGUUAUCAUCGAUUUAUGUGAAAAUGAAAAAACUUGAUGCUCGAAUUGAUAAACAAAACUUGGAGAAAGCUAGUCAGCCUGCGGUCAAGGCCGAACCAGGUUCUCCUCACGUUAAGAAAAAUCUUAAAAGCGCCCCUGUUGCACCUCAAAUUAAACCUUCUGUGCCUGCGUUGUCUAAGAAUUUGGAGAAAGCUAGCGAACCCGGUAAUGACGCGCUACUUUCCGAGGACUCUGUAUCAGAAAUUGAGGAUCAGGAGGAUCUUGGUGAAAUUGAUAUGGACUCUCUGAAUGACGAGGAUUUCCAAGAUUCACAACAAGGUGGUGAAAGCAGCUCUUCCAGCGAAGACCUCCCAGAUGACGUUCCAGUUUCACAACAAUUAGAUGAAAGUAGUCCUUCUGAGGGAGAACAAACAUCCUCUGAGGAUGAGCAAAUUUCUCCACGAAACAAGACUGUUUCGACGUCAUCGAAGAAGCACACUGGAAGGGCGGCUUUUAAGAGAAGAUUGGCAAAACAGUUCGAAGAGGCAGACAUCAUCCUGAUAGAUUCGAGUGAUUCUGGAGAUGAAGACACUGAUGUCUCCAAGUCUUCGCAGAAGCCUCAAAUGACGUCAAUCGAAAAACCAGUGGAAAAACCAGUGGAAAAACCAGUGGAGAAGCCAGUGGAGAAGCCAGUGGAGAAGCCAGUGGAGAAGCCAGUGGAGAAGCCAGUGGAGAAGCCAGUGGAGAAAGCAUCCCUGAGUUCGGUGGAUGUACCAGACGAUAAGUCUGUCGGGAAGCAUGCUGUAGAGCAUAUUAAGAAUGCUAAUUCUCAAAAUAAGGCGUCAUCCUCAAGCAAGGAACUGAAUGAAUCCGAAAAGUCGGUCUUCGUUUUCAACAAGAGCGAAGUACCAGCUUCCAAGCCGGAGAACACAUUAAAAAGAUCUUCCGAAGUUCCAAAUACUCCUUCAAAAAGAGUUAGGGAAAGUGAGUCAGUCAUUGGGUCAGCAAAGGAAGUACCUUCUAAUUCAGGUGAUUCCAAGGAAAAACACAUUGAAGUAAUGGACGUGGCACUUGAGGAAGGAGCUACUGAGUCUGAAACCACGAAUAAAAGUGACCUUAGAAAGCAAGUUGAAAUUUCCAAGGCAACUGAAACUCCAAGUAAAGUUGAAACACCAAACAAAGUUGAUGCUUCAAAACAUGCUGAUCUCUCGAAGGAGGCUGAUACUAAGAAGGAUGAUACUAAGAAAGUUGAUGCCCCUAAGAAGGUUGAAACUCCUAAGAAGGUCGAUAUGUCAAAGAAAGUUGAAACGCCUAAGAAGGUUGAUACCCCUAAGAAGGUUGAUACCCCUAAGAAGGUUGAUACCCCUAAGAAGGUUGAUACUCCUAAGAAGGUUGAUACCCCUAAGAAGGUUGAGGCCUCUAAGAAGGUUGAGGCCCCUAAGAAGGUUGAAACUACUAAGAAGGUCGAUACGUCAAAGAAAGUUGAAACGCCUAAGAAGGUCGAUACGUCGAAGAAAGUUGAAAAACAGGAGGUCACCAAGAUUUCUAAUAAUGCUCAGGAUCUUUCGAAACAUUAUAAAGAGCAAAAUAAUUUCGAGACUCACAACAAACCCAAGCCAUCAAAGAAGAAUGAUGAUACUGCUGAGAAUGUCGUUAAAGCAUCAAAAAUUGCAGAUAGGAGGGCCGAUACCGUUCUUUCUUCCUCUCAGGAUUCUCUCAACGAUUUCAAGAAGACAGCAGACUCGAAGAAAUUGGACGUCUCUCGGAAUGGCAAGAAGCUGAUAGAGGAGCCUAAGCAAUCGAGUUCCACUAUUUCAAAAUUGAAGGAAGUUAUCGCCAACAUCACAUCUACAGGUUAUAGCGAGAAAGCAAAACCAAAAGAGAAAGAAGGUACUAGUUCCCAACCAGCCGAGAUCAAUGAUUCCUCAUCUGACUCUGAUUCCUCGUCGAGCUCCGACACUUCGUCUGAUUCUGACUCAUCAUCAAGUUCCGGGUCAAGUUCCGAUGACUCGGAGUCCAGUUCGGAUGAGUCAGACAACGAAAAGAAGCCAGCCCCACAGAAAUCCGAGGCCAAACCCAUAAAUCUUGCAUCCUCUCGUUUGCUUCCAAAGAGACUUACGUCAUUGACCAGUCGGCCACUCACCAAACCUGUUUUAGUUCCUCAAUCGACUGUGGCUACUUAUGACAAGGCUAAUGUUACAACUCUUCCUACGCUGAGUCCAUUUUCUAAAUCUUCCUCUGAAGAGGAAGGCAAGCAAAAGAAUGCCACAGGCAACAGGUCGACGAGUUCGUCCCGCCUUCUGUUGAACUCCCUCACAGAUCUCGCUAAGCGAGGAGUUCCAGACGUGAAGGAAACCACAAGCAAGACCACCAAGGCUAACAUAGCAAAACCAAAGAUCAAAGCUAUAGUUAGCGAGUCGGAUACUAGUUCUGAAUCCAGCUCGAGUUCGAGCUCCGGCUCCGACUCAGAUCUGAGCUCAAGUGAUGAGGAAGAUUCCAAGUUUGUCAGUGUGAAGAAGUUGGCUACAGACGGAAAGACUAGCAAGAAGAAAAAGAGCAAGGGAGGUUUCUCCAGUCUCAUGAGAGACGCCAGAAAACGCUGA